AUGUCUCGCCUUGGUCCGCCGUCGGCAUCGGCGUCAUCGUCAUCGUCGGCCAGGAUGUCCACGUCGCUGCGCUCCAGUCUGUCGGGCAGGAAUCCGGAGACAUUAUCGACCUGCACUGGCAACGAAAAGGAAACAGAGAAGAGCCUUCUGAUCAUAAAGGAAAGACGACCCUACGUCAACGGCACGGACGGCGCAUUCGCCUACCCCCUGCCCGUCGACCUCACCGAGACAAAUCGUCACAUAAUGCUCACCCUCCUCACAUCGGCCGUGUUCGAGACGCCGCUCCUGUCACCGGAGCUCCUCCAAAAGCCACCACGGCGCGUCCUCGAGGUCGGCUGCGACAGCGGGUACUGGAGCGCAGUCUGCCACCGGUACUUCCAGAGCAGGGGCCACCAGGUGUCCUUCAUCGGCAUCGACAUCAAGCCCCCCGCCGGCACCAGCGAGUGCUACAAGAGCAUGGGCAUGGACUGGGAGUACAUCCAGUACGACCUGCGGGAGCCCGGGUGGCCGGUCCAGGACGGCUCCAUCGACCUCGUGAUGGCGAGGAACCUGGCGCUCGUCUUCAACGCGCCGGGUUACUCGCGGGCGUCCAGCGAGUACGUGCGGGUGCUUCGGCCCGGCGGCACGCUCGAGGUCUGGGAGCACGACUUCACGAUCCGCUCGGUCGCGCCCCACGCCCAGGCCGAGGACAACGGGGAGGACCUCGCCCACCUGGGGGUCUACCCGGGUCGGGACGACAGCUUCGCUGGGCCCGUCCGUGAACCCUCGGCGCUCGAGGACGCGGGCCUGAUGCCAAUACCAUCCGCCCUAACCAUAUCUCUGCUGGCGGGGUGUCUUGUUGAGGGGGCAGACGCGUUGGAGGGCAUGAUAGGCAAGAGGCUAGCUGUUCCGCUCACGGCACUAAAAUGGGAGCGCGAGGAUGGGCAGAAGAUGGUCCUGACUAACGCCCAGGCCGCCAUACGCCAAACCGCACUGGAGAGCUUCAUCGGCAUGGUCGAGGCCUUUGAACCGCUGCUGAGGAAGUCCAAUCGGAAGAAUGAUGACGAGUGGCAGGAAUGGCUCGAAAGAGCAAAAAGGGACUGGAUUCUGGGUGAAUGCAUCGGAUACAUCGCUCGGUCGGUCAACGCAACGGAGGAACCUGGAUGCUGGGGUCUCGGACCGUACGUCGCUCAGAAUGUCCUUAUUCUCAUCGCUCCCGCCUUCAUGGCUGCCUCGAUCUACAUGAUCCUCGGAAGGAUCAUCCUGCUCACCGAUGGGGACUCGCACUCGUUGAUCAGGCGGCGGUGGAUCACCAAGAUCUUCGUGGCCGGAGACGUGAUUUCACUGCUGAUGCAGUCCUCAGGCGGAGGUAUGAUGGCUGCCGGGGAAAGCCUGCUCAAAACUGGAGAGAACAUCAUCAUCGGCGGCCUGUUCAUCCAACUCGCCUUCUUCGGGUUCUUCGUGGUGGCGGCGGGCAUCUUCCACAGGCGAAUGUCGCUCGUUCCCACAGCCAAGGCCUCGGAUCCCGCCGUGCGCUGGGAGAAGUACCUCCUGACGCUCUACGUGACGAGUGCCCUGGUCCUGGUCCGCAGCAUCUUCAGGGUCAUGGCAUACCUCAACGGCAACGACGGUGUCCUGUUGAGGUCCGAGGUGUAUCCCUACGUCUUCGAUGCCUUGUUGGUGGUGGUCGUGCUGGUUUGGAUGAACUGGUUCCACCCGUCCGAGCUUGGCCUGUUGCUUCGUGGUCAGAGCCCUGGGAAGAACGGACAUGAACUGGCCGGUGUUCGCAUCUAG